CCACUGUGACCGGUGAUUCAAUGAAGAGAACGCCUAGAUAAAGGCUACCAGCGUAGGAAAGCUGUCACUGCUUCGCUGCUUACCUUUUUCCUUUCAUUAACCUCAACAUUUCCUAAAUCCCCCCAAGAUACAUCCUCCUCAAGAUUUUCAGCACAGCGCAAGAUCUGAGGUGCCACCCCCUCCGUAUUCUCUACACAAAAAUAUCAUCCUCAACUCAACAUGAAGGCAAGAGAGGCCAAGCAUGCUCCUUCAGCAGAUCUCUUAGUAUGUUUCCCUUCUCGAGCUCAUCUGACUCUCAUGCCCAAGCCCAUUUGCAGCCCCGCCAGGCCUUCUGAUUCCACCAAACGCCACCUCGGCCACCACCUUAAGAAAUCAAGCACCAGAGGUGGUGGUGGUGGUCAAGCUAGCCCCAUGCUUUGGACCAAAACCAAGUCUAUGGGCUCGGAGAUUGCCGAACCAACCUCUCCGAAAGUCACUUGUGCUGGUCAGAUCAAGGUCAGGCCGAAAACCGCUGCUUGCAGGAGCUGGCAGUCGGUGAUGGAAGAAAUAGAGAAAAUUCACAAUAACAGAAAACAGAGGAAGCGAUCCGGCUGGGCCGACUCUUUUGGUUUCAAGAAGGAGAUAAUGCAGUUCUUGACUUGUCUGCGAAGCAUACGGUUCGACUUGCGAUGCUUUGGUUCGUUCCCCGAGACGGACGCCACCUCUCAGGACGAAGAAGAGGAUGAAGACGAUGGGUAUGGAGGAAAUCAAGUGCGUAUGGAUGAAGGCGAGAAAGAAGCUUCAAGAACCGUCUUUUCUAAAUGGUUUAUGGUGUUGCAAGAGAAUCAAAAUACUGGGUUUCACGGAGAAGACGAGAAGCAGAAAGGUAAGGUGGGGGAUGAUGGAUCAGAGGCCGAGCCCACUGUCCCUCCACCGAAUGCACUGUUGCUCAUGCGCUGUAGGUCGGCUCCGGCAAAAAGCUGGUUGCAAGAGAACCAAGAAGGAAAAAGUGCCGAACCAGAGAAAGAGAAAGCCAGUGAUGAAAAAGUAGAUAAAGAGAAAGUAGAGCUAAAGAAAGGGAGGAGUUUGAAGUCAUUAAUGGACGAAGAGAAGAGAAAGAAAGAGAAUUUGGUAGUGAUGAAGUAUGACUCUGAUUUUUACGAAAUUUCAUCGGAUAUUGCCCAAGAGACAUGGAUUGUUGGGGGACUAAGCGAUCCGUUGUCAAAGAGUCGGAGUUGGAAAAGAUGAUGAUCCACUUCUUACUUCAGACACACUCUUUUCUUUUGAAGUCAUUAACUUUGAUUUCCAACUAUGACGAGGUUUGUGCCUUUCCCAUCCCGAAACUACGUUGGUGUGACCACUGGGAAAGCUAAUAAUUAGUUCGGAGUAUUAGCGUUUUCGGUUAUACUCAAUAUUAGUUGAUAGUUAAAUGCAUAAAACCUGUACAGCUUUUUAAUUUCUUUUCCCAAGAUUUUGCUUUGGCAAUUACGUGUAUGAAGUUGUGUACUCUGUUUUGUAACCGAGUUAUUAUGAAUUCGAACGAAUAUGUGAUCUUCUUUUCCUC